CACCCAAGGCGCUCAUCAGGGACAUGGCCGGCGUGCUGGACCUCUUCAUCUAUACAGUGUCGCUGGUGUUCAUCUGCUGGAUGCCUGCGGAGGUGCCGCCGCAGUCUGGGGCGCACCUGCUGAUGGUGCUGCGCUGCCUGCGGCCGCUGCGCAUCUUCAACCUCGUGCCUCACAUGCGCAAGGUCGUGUCGGAGCUUGUGAGGGGCUUCAAGGAGAUCCUGCUGGUGAGUGUCGGAGCUUGUGAGGGGCUUCAAGGAGAUCCUGCUGGUGAGUGUCGGAGCUUGUGAGGGGCUUCAAGGAGAUCCUG